AUGAAACGGGUUGGCAAAUUCCGGUCCAUCAAGGACACCUCCUCCUCCUUCCCGCCACCCUGCCCUUCCUUCCCAGUCGACUACGGGGUGAGUCCUUGUGCCGUGCCCUUCUCUUGGGAGUCGCAGCCCGGGACUCCCAGGCACACCCACUCCACCCGCACCGGCCUGCACCCUCUCCUUACGCCACCCCCUUCCUACUACAACACCAACAGCAGCAGGUCGUCCAAGAAGAAAACUUGCAAGUCGGAGCUCAUGCAUAUCGUCAACUUCCACUGCCUGUGGCCUUUCUCUUCUUCUUCCUCCUCUUCAUCUUCAUCGUCGUCUGCCAGCUCCGGGUGUUGCAGAAGGCCAGUGUGGUAG